UUUAAAUUCUCAGGGAGGAUGACUGACGGUGGACAGAGGUCUUUAGGUGCGCAAUCCGUAGGCUGCGUGGCCUGGCAAAAGUGGAAGCAGACACCUUGGAGCUGGCCCUAUAGCUCUGCUUCCGGUCGCGGAGCAAAUAGCCGAGGCGCUGCGUCUCCUUUAAUUGCGGUGGGCGGGGCGCGGGGACGCGACCGGUGUUGCUAUUGGCGGCGAUUAGGGGCGCGGAAACUGAACGCACCGUAACGGCAGCAGCCGCUGCCACCUCGGGCUCCUCCGGCGCCUUGGGCGCCCUGGUCCCCACCAUGGCCGCGCCCUGUCCGGAGGACCCCUCGCUGGAGAGGCAUUUUAAGGGACACCGGGAUGGAGUCACCUGUGUGGACUUCAAUCUCAACUCGAAGCAACUGGCCAGCGGCUCCAUGGACGCGUGCCUCAUGGUCUGGCACAUGAAGCCCCAGUCACGUGCCUACCGCUUCACGGGCCACAAGGACGCCGUCACCUCCGUGAACUUCUCCCCUUCCGGACACCUGCUUGCCUCGGGUUCUCGGGACAAGACGGUCCGCAUCUGGGUGCCCAACGUCAAAGGCGAGUCGACUGUGUUCCGAGCCCACACGGCCACCGUGAGGAGCGUGCACUUCUGCAGCGACGGCCAGUCCCUCGUGACGGCCUCCGAUGACAAGACGGUCAAGGUGUGGUCGACUCACCGCCAGAAGUUCCUGUUCUCGCUGAGCCAGCACAUCAACUGGGUCCGCUGCGCCAGGUUCUCCCCCGACGGGCGGCUCAUCGUGUCCGCCAGCGACGACAAGACCGUGAAGCUGUGGGACAAGACCAGCCGGGAGUGCGUGCACUCGUACUGCGAGCACGGCGGCUUCGUCACCUGCGUGGACUUCCACCCCAGCGGCACGUGCAUCGCCGCCGCCGGCAUGGACAACACGGUGAAGCUAUGGGACGUGCGGACUCACCGGCUGCUGCAGCAUUACCAGCUGCACAGCGCGGCGGUGAACGCCCUCUCCUUCCACCCGUCGGGGAACUACCUGGCCACGGCCUCCAGCGACUCCACCCUGAAGAUCCUGGACCUCAUGGAGGGCCGGCUGCUCUACACGCUCCACGGGCACCAGGGCCCCGCCACCACCGUUGCCUUUUCGAGGACGGGGGAGUACUUCGCCUCUGGAGGCUCCGAUGAGCAAGUGAUGGUCUGGAAGAGCAACUUCGAUGUCCUGGAUUAUGGAGAUGCCCCGAAAGCGCAGAGGCCACCAGCCACGCUGGCCAGCUCUUCCCGGCGUCUGCUGGAAGGGGACUUCCCUGUCCCCGCGGGCGAAGGCAGGAGCCAGGAGACGGUGCGGAGCCUGCCACCGGAGCCCGGCAGCGUGCCGCAGGCGCUGACCAGCACGCUGGAGCACAUCGUGGGCCAGCUGGACAUCCUCACCCAGACGGUCUCCAUCCUGGAGCAGCGGCUGACGCUGACGGAGGACAAGCUGAAGCAGUGCCUGGAGAACCAGCAGCUAAUCAUGCAGAGAGCACCACCGUGAUCCAGGGAGCAGCAAUUAGGAACUCAAUCGAUUUGGGGGGCGGGCAGGCAGGGGCUGGUGCUGCGGGACUUGGGGGAAUACACAGGGUUCGGCGCUGCGGGAAUGGCUGCGGGGACGGCGUCCGUGCGGGGCGCGGGGGCUGUGCCCUUCCGCCCGCCCUGCGGUCUGCGCUGGAGAAGCUCCGCCCGACGCAGGAGGCCCCGUCGGCACGGCCCACCCGUCCACAGCAGACCACGUCUGGUUUGACGUAAAACCACUUGAGAAUGUUUGCCACCCUGGACUUCUAAGGAGCCCUGGGACCCCGGCUCCCCCAGGGGAGGGAGCCCCAAGUCGCUUUAAUUCACUCGCCGCGCAGCCGAGACACGGGCUGCUCCUGGAAGGCUGAGCUGGGACCUUUCGGAGACCCUGAUGGAAGCCCCCCCGCCAUGGGCCUGGUGACUCCGGUCCCCCCAGAAGCGAGCACUCUGGCUUCGCGGCGGCUGGGGUUUCUGCUCUAGCCAGGACCUGGUGGCUUCCUCUGCGUGCACACGGGUGAACGAGUCUCAACA